AUGGCCGAGGGUGAAGAGUUAUUUUUAAUUGAUAACAGCCUAGAUAUGUCUCUUGUGGAUGAAGAAAGCAGUGAUUUCUCAGAUGUUUUGUUAAAAUCGAAAACACCGUCCCAAAAAGUAACAGUGACACGGCAACGUCGCAUUAAUCCUGCAAUAAGUAAAGUAUUUGGUGAAGUCUACAAUUCACGAGGGAAACUGAAUGAUAUGUAUCGUCGGAAAGCUGUUAAUUCGUUACACAUUACGGAAUCAGUACCGGAACAUAUCACACAACUUGAUUUCAUAUCGUUAAUUCCCAGCGAACUUCGAACUGAUCAACGAAUUGUCAUCGAUUUGGUCAAACGUUUAUCGGAAGCAGCUCGACAUCGACAGCGAAUUGCUCGGGCUAAUUUCAUAUAUCGUAAUGAAGCGCAACGUUUGUCAGAAAUUUUUCGUGAAUGUGCUCAUCGUGAGGAGCAAUGCAUUCGACUUGCAAAGUUAAUAAGUGAUGUACGUAGCGAGCGUCAAUGGAAAGGUAGUAUGCCAAGUGUGGAAUGGUUUUUACGACGUAAGAAAGGUGUUGUUUCAUCAAAGGCUCAAAAAAUGGAUCAACAAGCAGCUGGUCCGGCAGCACCGAAUAAACUUAAACGUUUGUUGGAAAUUUCCAAAACUUCAAAUGGUAGUGAGGAACGAUUGAAAGUACCAAAGAGUGAAUUUGAAUCACCUGAUGAAUCUGGUAGCUAUACAGAUUAUUUGAAACAAGUUUUCCUGAAUCCAGCUGCAAAUCUUCCUCAUAAUGAGAAGCAAAAUUUGGAAAUGAAAAUUGAGCCGGAAACACCAAUAGGGACACUUACGGCAAUGGGAAGUCCAAAUGGUGUUAGCACUACAAUUAUUAGCACUGAGGAAUUGCAUUUUCCAAGCAGUUCCAAUUUAGAAUCAGGCUUAUUGGCAAACACGGUUACAUCACAAACGUUGCCGAAUUCAUUGGAUCGAAGUGUUGCAAUUGAGAAAUUAGAAACGUAUUUCAGUCGUAGUACUCCGGAUCAAAUACGGCAAUAUAUGUUACGAUUACGGCAAGCAGCUAAUCGACGUCUUGCAGAGCAAGCGGUUGAUUUAAUUUCAACAUUGAGUAGUGAGGAAUGUGCACAAUUUUUAAGUGAUAUUGAUAGCGAUGGUACUGCCGGUUUUAACUGA